GCGACAGAGCAGUCGCAGCCACAGACGCCAAGUGGAGCAGAGUCGGCGAGCGGAACAGCAACGGACGAGGAGUCGGUAAACGAGGCGGAUGGGGAGGCGACGGGCGGGAAGGGGGAGCAGCUGGCGGCACAGGCGGAUUCGCAGCCCAACAUGGGCAGCGACUCGCAGCCGACCAUAUCCGACUGGCUCAAUGCGAAACAUGCAGACAGGCGCCCAAAGGUGAAGGUGGCUCCGCGCGGAGGCUGGUGGGUGGUGAGCCUGUAUGACCACUCGCUGCAAGCGCUGCGGCCAUGGGCGGAAGCUGGCUACAAUUGCGUCGCCUUUGACUGGAAGCAUCCCGAGGGCAAGCCAACCAUGGACGGAGGCGUCGAGCGCCGGCACGCGGACCUGGACGAUCCGGCCACCUUGGAGGCCAUCGAGGAGGAGUUUGGCGCGCACACGCAUUUUGUGUCCGGCUUCCCUCCCUGCAAUGACCUGAGCAAAUUGGAUGGGCCGAACCGCAGCAGAAAGAGCCAGAAGAAUCCGGCGUACCAGCACAACGCCGCCGACCGCUGCUCCAGCCUGGCCGAGGCUAUCGAGAAAUGGCCGAGCAAGCCUCGCUUCUAUCUGGAGAACCCGGAGACGGGCGCCCUCAAAAAGCUCUGGCGCGGCCCAGAUUUCGACUUCGAUCCUUGCGACUACGGUGGCUAUCUGCCAAAGUCGGACCCAAAGCCCAGCUCUGGCUUUCCUGCGAUGGAUGCGUACAAGAAGCGGACCGGCCUCUGGACGGGCAACGGGUUCCGAAUGCCUCCGCAUAGAAAGGUCAAGGUCGACGCGGCGUUUAAGGGCGUCGUCUCCAUUGGUCGAGGUGAGGGGACCAAGGAGGCAGACCGGUCUCUCACCCCGCGCGGCUUUGCUAUCGCGGUCUGCAUCUACAACGCCGCGGACGAGGACCGCCAGGUCUACGACAUGCGCCCCUCGAGUAGGCAGCCAAGCGGCGGGCGGCCGGGCGCGGCGGCGAGAGCAGCGGAGGUUGAGAGGUGA